AUGUCGCCGUCGAUCGCAGUGCGCCGGGUAUCGUGCGUUUGCGCCGCUGUCGCCAUUAUGACCGGCGCGGUCUCGUCCCUGCCGGCGACACAACUCCAGCGGCCGCAGCGUGAAAACGGUCCCACGGCCGCCGGCGGGGGAUCCGGCGUGGUCGCGUGGUCGGCGUUGGCCGGCUGUUUCGAUCCGCACUCUACCGAACCGGCCACGGUGUGCUUAAAGUCCAAAGCGCUGACCGCCCUGACCCGUACGCUCCGCAAGUCCACCGUGGACAUCGCGAACGGCGUGUCACUGGCCGCCCGCGCGGACGCACCUUUGGCCGACCCGCCGACCGAAGAGGCCGACCGCGCUGCCUUGGACGCCGCCGAGGGCCCGGAACAAAAGAACGCGCUGCUGGACCGCAUGAUCGGCGACCGGUUGGACGCGCUCGUGUCUACCAAAGCGAUAGUUUUGGACGGACCGACCGGACAAGAAGGUGAGUGGUUUCGUUGCGACCGAGGUCAGCGACUGCAACUGCAGUAGUUAAUUAUUACUGCACGGACGGUACGCUUUUCGAACGACGACCCUAGUGACGGACAAAUAAUUUUGUCAUGAUACAAUAAUACCACACGGUACAUAAACUUUUUUUUUUAUAACCGUGCAAACAUAAUAUAAUAUAAUAUGGGGUGAUUUUUUGAGCAUACUCAUUACGUUUUAACGGUUAAAUUAUUCAUUAAUUCAUCUUCUAAUUUCUUAUAAUCUUUAAGUGCAGUGAACGAUGAUAGUUUCACAACAUUUAAGGAGCAUCCUGAAAAAUACUUUGGUUUUUCAAAUUAGAACUUACAUGUUUGGACGCAAAUUAUCAAUCGGAUUAUUUUCUUGAAAAUGUUAAGGUAUUUUAAUCGAAAUUCGAACGAUAAGUUACUGAGUUCUUCUCAAGGAAAAUUGACUUUAAUGGGAUUGGACACCGACUGUUUCAUAGGAACUGUGUAUAGUAAGUUUUCUUGUUUUGAAUUGUGCAGUUAUUAUCCUUUAAUAUUAGUAGAACAACUCAGAAACUUCGUUCAAAUUUUGAUUAAAAUACUGUUCAGAAAAAUCAUCUGGUUGACAAGUUGCACUAAAAAAAUAUAGGUUCUCAUUUGUAAAAUCAAAGUAGUUAUUGCCACAGGACACUCCUCAAGUGUUGCGAAAAAUCUAAGUAUUGGAAAAUAUCAUUUUUCAUCAUAGUUAAAAAAUCCACACAGCAAAAUUUGUAUUUGUGCGUAUUUUAACUUUACAAAUAUGGUAAGCAUUUUUGAAAAAACACCCUGUAUUUUAUUGUAACUAAAUAACGAGGUGAUGAAGGGGAUAUAUACACCUCAUCCCCCUCCCGUUUGAAGGAACCUGGACGACCCUAAUGGCCCGUACGUUUGAUAUAAACAGUUUUCAUUUUUAAUAAACAUACGUCUUAUAGAUAAUAUCGAAGUUUACUUUAACUUUGGGCGUCGGGCUAAAUUUAUCCAAAUUACACCGUACAAUAUUACUGCCUAUAUAUUACGCAAACCGUAUCAAUUUAAACAUCAAAACCACCACAGGACGUACGUCGACGAACGCAAAAGUUUUUUUUCCAGAAAAAUGUUGAGUGAUAAAUAAUAUUAGGGUUAUAACAACUACGGUCCUAGUAACUUAUAGAUUAUAAAUGACAGUGGUUUAAGUGGGAGAAACUUCGAAAGCGGGAUUGCGUUUAUCGAAAACGAGGGGUGUUCCCGAAAACUAACUAAACCUAAACAAAUUUUCACGAAACUCAUCAUGGAGACAAUAGACUUCUGAAAUGUUUUUCUCUCGCGCACAUUUGUUCAUAAAAAUGUUAUACUCAAUGGGUUUAAAAAUAAAUUGAGCCCCUUUCAAAUAUUAUCCUACGCUUAUGUCAGCCUCACUAAAACUACAUUAAAAUAUAGCUUUAUCACGUAUUAUUUACUAAUUUAUUAUGAUUUAAUUUAUUUUUUUACACGACUUCAAAUUUUAGAUUCUAAGCGGAGCGAAGAAGCUUAUAGUUUUACAAAGAUGUUUUUUUUUUUUUUUUUAUUUGUGAACAACUUUCCUAUCAGAUGACCUGCUCAGAUUUAUAAGUGUAGCGCCUUUUCUGAAAGUAAAUCGGCGCGGGGAAGUACUUUAAACAGAUCAUUUUUCGAUUUUUAUUCCGGAGUUUUCUCAUCAAAUUUGAAAAACACAAAAAAAAAAUGGGAAUAUGUACGAAAUAUAUUACUGAAAUAUUACGAUUUUUACUUCCUGUGCACAACUUUUCUACCAGCAAUUUUCCUCCAACUUAUAAUGAUAGCAAUGUUUCUAAAAGGAAAUAUCACUAGGGAGGUACUUUAAACAGGUCAUUUUUCGAUUUUCUCAUCAAAAUUGAAAAACGAAAAAAAGCCGGAGGAAAAAUGGGAAAAUAUUAGAAACGUAGGUAUUAGUUAAAAUGUAUCGUAAUACAUUUAUAGGCCUUCUUUUUUCCUGUGAACAACUUUUCUACGAGUAAUUUUCCUCCAAUUUAUAAUGAUAGAAUUUAUGUACAGAUUAUCAGCGUGAGUAAAAAUGUAUCUAUUACCCUGGUUACUGAGUAUGGGCCGGGUAGAAAUUUAGUAUUACGACUGGUACCGGGUAAUAGUCGAGACUUAAAUAUGACAUCGAGUACUCGGCCAUCGUACCCAAAACAUCUUUAAAAAUAACGAAACCGUUUUUUCCGUAAAUUUUCACGUUCCCAUUUACGUUUUUCCCGGUUUCGCCGGACUAUUAGGACGACUACACGGGCAAUCAAAACACGGCUUUCUUAUUUACCGAAAUUCAACAGGAAAGGUUUCUUGUCGUUUUUCGAUUGGAGUGAGAUUUCUAGCGGAAAAUAGAAAUCGUUUAAAUCCGUAAAAUAAUGAAAUCGUUAACGCCGCGGCGUGUCGUCAAUAUUCAUUCGUUUUUCCUGCAUGCCCCGUUCCGAUUUUUCGCCACAAUAGGAGUGAAAAAAAUAACCUCACCGGCCAGACCCUGAACGCGACCAAAAAGGUCACUGGUCGUUUUUGCCAUCGGAACGAAGUUUCUCCGGUAGAAACGUAAAAUCGUUUUCCACGGCACACGACACACGAUUUUCUUCUCGGCAAAUGCGGGUUGUCGAUCGUCCCGUGUGACGAAAUGCAAUAUUAUUGUUAUUAUACCGUGAAAAUAAUACAUUUUUCGGUUUUGUUUUUCCCGGUCAGGUCGCGGCAGGAGAAAGCAACAGAAGACCAUGCGCCAGGCCGUGAUGAUGGCCAGCGUGAUGAUGAUGGCCGUCUUGGGACCGAUGGCUUUCAGCGUUAUCGCCUUGUUGGCCGGCAAAGCGCUGUUGGUCAGCAAAAUCGCGCUGGUCCUGUCCGGUCUGAUAGCGCUCAAGAAACUUUUCCAGACGGAACAGGGCAGCGGUCACUCGGUCGAAACGAUUCCGCAUUACUACGACCGUAACUUGGACGUCGACGCUCACGCAAUGGCGUACCUCGGCCAACAGCAGCUGUAUAACAGUUGA